AUGCCACACCAAGCAACAUCAAGCGAUUCUGUCUGGAACCAACCAUGGUUGAUCUGGAUGGUUGUCAUCUUUGGAUCCAUCUCCUCUGCCGGGUUCGGGUUCGAUCAGGCCUGGUGGGCAAGUAUCAUGAGCUCCUCUCAAUUUGUUGAGAAUUUCGGAUCUCUUGAUCCUGCCACGAAUACACGGGCCCUGACAUCUUAUCAACAAUCGCUCGGUACUGGACUUGGCUAUGUUGGAGUCAUCGUCGGAGUGGUUUGUGGAUCGCCCUUGAAUGAACUCCUUGGAAGAAAGAACACCCUGUGGAUCCAGAGUGCCAUCGUGGCAGUUGGAGUCAUCAUCGAGUCUACCUGCAAAACCAGCUAUGCGCAGUUCAUUGUCGGCAAGCUCAUUGUCUACCUGGGUGGAGGUAUCGCCACGAGUGUCAUCCCUGCCUAUCAGGGAGAGUGCGCUCCAAAGUCGAUGCGUGGUCUCAUGUCCGGUACAUACAAUGCCUUCCUCAUGGUCGGUGGUCUCGCUGCUGCCCUGAUCGUGUAUUUGUGCCGUCAUAUCUCCGGCGACUGGGCGUGGCGCAUGGUAGUUGUGGCCCAAAUUGCUAUCCCUGCAGCUUGCUGGAUGAGUCUGCCCUUCUUGCCAGAGUCUCCUCACUGGCUUGUUUCUCAAGGCAGACUCGACGAGGCGGCGGUCACCCUCCGUCGUCUUCGAGGGCAAUCGUUCCCUGCCGAAGCUGAAGUCGUGGCGUUGCAACAGUACUGCCAAGACCAACGUGAAAGGCUGGCAAGCGCAACAUGGGCCGCCUGCUUCACGGAUCCGGUCAAUCGCCGUCGCACGUUCAUCUGUAUCGGUGCUCAGGUCUUCCAGCAGGCCCAGGGUAUUUCGUUUGUGGCAAACUACCAGGCUGUCUUCCUGCAACAGAUCGGCUUUCAAGAAGUCCUCCUCAUGUCUGUCGUGGUAUACGUGAUCGGCGUUACGGCCAACUUCUUGGCCAUGGCCUCUACCGACAAGCUUGGCCGCCGUGGGGUGUUGUUGUGCUCGGCUGCGAUGCUAGGAGCUUGUAUGUUCGUCAUCGGGGGUCUUACCACCAACGGGGCGGCUAACAUGUCGUAUGCAAUGCAGGUGGCUGCGGUGGUGAUGCUCAUGUUGUGGUUCUUUUCCUUUCAAGUCACCUGGGGACCUUUGGUGUGGGUGCUGACUGCCGAGGUGCCCCCAAGUCAGGUGAGAGAAAAGACCGUCGCCCUAUCUGGACUGGGUGCUUAUGUCACCGGUCUGGUUAUUGUUUUUGUCAAUCCUUUCACCCAGGCCGACAUUGGCGGUCGGGUUGCCUUGAUCUAUGGUGCACUAUCGAUUGUUGCUUUUGUGUUUGCAUGGUUCUUCGUGCCCGAAAUGAAGCAACGCACCCUAGAGCAAAUCGACGAGAUGUUCCAGGAUGAGGUGCCAACUCGAGCGUUCCAAUCACAUGUUUGUCGCUUACCUAUGGAAACCGUGGUCAAGGAAGGACAGGAAGAGUUUGUGGAGAGCGUUUAA